AUGGAAUCUCCCAAGACAGCAAUUGUCACAGGUGGUGCCGAUGGCUUUGGAGCAGCUAUCGUAGACAGAUUCAGUCAAGAGGGGUGGAAAGUCAUUUUGAUUGAUCUGAAUAAAUCCGGUGGACAGGCGAAAGCUCAGGGCGAUCCUAACUUGCAGUAUGUUUUCGGUGAUGUAUCAAAGCAAGAGACGUGGGAGGCCGUAUUGGAGAUCAUUCGAAACGACUACCAAAGAGUAGAUCUCAUCGUGAACAAUGCAGGAAUUACGCACGAUCCAUCUCCACUCCACACAAAGUCCGUGGAUGAAUACGAGAAGAUCUUCAAUGUGAACGUCAAGCCGAUCUUCCUCAGCGCCUUCAUUUUCGCUCCAUUUAUGCUGGAACAAGGCCAUGGUGUCUUCAUAAACAUCACAAGCACUGGCUUCACCCGGCCGCGACCGGGGUUCGCGAUUUACAAUGCGUCAAAAGCGGCGGUCACGGGGUUCACUAAAACACUGGCGCUCGAAUACGCUCCAGUAAUCCGCUUCAAUUGCAUUGCUCCCGCGGUUGGAAAUACUUCAAUGUUGAAAAAUUCCAUCGGAAAUGAUACUGACUCCGCUCAGAAACUUCAGACGGUUGUGGAAUCUAUACCAAUGAAGAGGGUUACGCAACCUCAAGACGUGGCAAAUGCAGCCUGGUAUUUGGGUUCAGAUGAGAGCUCAUUUGUUACCGGUACAACCUUGGAAGUAGAUGGAGGGAGAGUGCAGAAGAUGUAG